GCAAAACCAUGGAGGCCGCGAAUGACGCUUUGUCCACUACUAAUACAAUCAGUUUCUACACCACCAUUAACUUUUUUUUCUCUCGGGAAAAUGUCAAAUUUUCCGGGAAAAAAGGUUUGUCUUUAAAUCAAUACCCCCACCCCCACUUCAGAAUUCCAAUCAAACUCCAAAGAUUCGGAGAGUGGGUGGAGGGGAGGGGGGAAGGGAAAAAAGGAAAAAAAAGAAGAAAAAAAAAGGUGGGGAUGGAGAGAGAAUUUGGAGUGAUUGGAAAUAAUGGUUGGAGUCGGUGUUCACCGGCAUCGAGCGGCGGCCGGGAUGAGGGUGACGAGGUGAUUAAGGAAUUGACGGAAGCGAAUGAGUUAAUCGCGGCCAUUGGGGGGUUUUCUGGAUUUCGGAAGACGCAGUCGAAGGAGUGUUUGAAUUUGGUGAGGAGGUUGAAGAUGCUGGUGCCGCUUUUGGAGGAGAUAAGGGACCUUCAUAAUAUGGUUCCCGCCGAGGCCUUGAGUCCCCAUCUCGCUCAUUUGAAAGAGGCUCUUGUAUUGGCCAAAAGGUUACUGAAGAAUUGCCACAAUGGAAGCAAGAUUUACCUGGCGUUUGAGAAUGAGGCUGUGAUGGCAAGGUUUCAUGCUGUUUAUGACAAAUUGAAGGAGGCCCUUGAUGGGAUGCCUUAUGAUGAGCUUGGAGUCUCAGUUGAAUUGCAAGAGCAAGUUGAGCUCAUGUCCACGCAACUCAAAAGAGCAAAGUGUCGGAAAGAUACACAAGACAUGGAACUAGCAAUGGACAUGAUGGUUGUAUUUUCUAAAAAUGAUGAGAGAAAUGCAGACCCUGUUAUACUUGAAAGAUUGGCAAAUAAAUUGGAACUACGUAAAAUUGCAGAUUUGGAAGCAGAAACUGAAGCUGUUCAAAAAUUAGUUAAACGUAGUAGAGGUAUGCCGAGUUCUGAAAGUCUCCAGCAAAUUUUAGAACUUCUAGGCAAGUUUAAAGGAAUUGCAGGUAUGGACAAUGAUAUUGCUCCUCAUGGUCCUGUUUCAUCGAAAUGUCUUCGACGGUGUCGGUCUGCAGUAAUCCCUCAUGAAUUCCUCUGUCCAAUUACCCUUGAGAUCAUGACCGAUCCAGUCAUUGUGGCAACUGGGCAGACUUAUGACCGAGAAAGUAUACAGAAAUGGUUGGAUUCCAAUCACAGGACCUGCCCGAAAACUGGACAAACUUUGGCGCAUUUGUCAGUGGCACCAAAUUAUGCCCUCAAGAACCUCAUUCUGCAGUGGUGCCAAAAGAACCACUAUGAAUUACCCAAAAAGGAUGGUGGAUUGGGUGACACUCCGCCCGAACUCGCUCGCGAAAUCUCCUCUUUAGUCCAUAAUCUAUCAUCAAGUCAGUUGGAUGUCCGGAAAGAGGCUAUCAUCAAUAUCCGGGUUCUCUCCAAAGAGAACCCAGAGAACAGAGUUUGGAUCGCAAAUAGCGGAGUCAUCCCUCCAUUGGUUAAGCUUCUCUCCUACCCAGAUCUCAAAUUCCAAGAACACACCGUAACUGCUCUAUUGAACUUGUCCAUUGACGACUCGAACAAAAGGCUCAUAGCAAGAGAAGGAGCCAUUCCUGCUAUCAUAGAAAUACUGCAGCAUGGAACAGAGGAGGCUAAGGAGAACUCUGCAGCUGCCUUGUUUAGCUUGUCAAUGCUGGAUGAAAACAAAGUUCUGAUCGGAACUCUAAAUGGAAUCCCACCAUUAGUAGAUCUUCUCCGAGAUGGGACAAUCCGAGGAAAGAAGGACGCUGCCACUGCACUCUUCAACUUGUCACUAAACCAAUCAAACAAGUCCCGGGCCAUCAAAGGUGGUAUCAUACCACCACUGCUCCGUUUACUCGAGGAUAAAAGCCUGGGAAUGGUUGAUGAAGCUUUAUCAAUCUUGUUACUCCUCACAUCACAUCCCGAAGGACGAGCCGAGCUCAGCCAUAACUCUUUCAUCGAAACUAUAGUAAACAUCAUGAAAGAUGGGACUCCGAAGAACAAAGAAUGCGCUACAUCGUUACUUCUAGAGCUGGGACUAAACAAUUCACCUUCCAUCUUGGUUGCACUGCAAUAUGGUGUGUAUGAACAUUUGAUAGAGCUCACAAGAAGUGGGACAAGUAGAGCCCAGAGAAAAGCAAACUCACUUUUGCAGUAUAUGAGCAAGUGUGAACACAUUCCCUAACGUUUUGUGGAGAUUUGUGGAGAUAUCUUGUGAUUUAGAAAAAGUGUAAAUCAGAAUUUGCUUCUUCUUUUCUUUUUUCUUUUGCCUCCUUAAUGUUGUUGUUGUGCUCAAUUUGACAAACUGACAUAUCAAAGGCAAGAAACCACUCACUGUACAUAGCCUUUUAGCCAUGUAAUGGUAUCAGAAGAAGAAGUGUAUUAUUAGCUUAUUGCUCAUAGGAGAAAGAGUUGAAACUCAUUAAUGAUAUAAUAAUGAGUAGUACUUAGAUAAAUGUAGCUAUAUUAGAAUUCUUGUUGACAACACGUGUAUCUUCUUCAGAACA